CGUGAUAAGCCACCCCAUAAAUAGCUAUUUCUCUUAAGAUCCAGCUGCAUAUGUCAUGAAUGGAGGGGUCGUCAACGCAUGACACAAGCUAGUAUUUACUCGGUUACUGUUAUGCCGCUAUUAAUUCCCCGCCCCAGCCCUGGAAGGGGAGGGACGCGGGAAAGACCGGCACGAAAUUGACACGGGCGUCCCCGGGCUUUGAGACACAACGUUCGAUCUUUUCCAGCUGCGCCAAUCAACUGCAAGCCCGGCCGCCCGGCCGUUGCCUUGGUGUCAGCCAAAACCCAUUUUUGCCUUGUGUUCUAAUGGCGGUGCGCUAAGCGAGAGUGGGGUGCUAUAGUUAGGUCACUUUGUCCCCUCGCAGCUGAGAGGCGACAAAGCGCGGGCGAAGGGAACGAGGAUUCUUCCCUCCUGCUUUUUUUUUCUUUUUUCCGAUUCCAGAAUUGUAGAGAACGGCGGGCUCUUCCUCCUGUCUUCUGCACAGCCCAGUAAACGGCGCCUGUUUUUUUUUUUUUUUUCCCCUGAUCCGAAGACGACGAGGGUGAAGUUUCUGCGCUAGACACGUCGCAAUGUCGAGCAAAACCGACCAGUUUAGCUGGGUAUCUCAAAGCACGAAAAACCGGAGUGAAAUUUCAGGGACUAGUUUCAUAUCGCAAUCUCUUUACGAGUCCGUUUCUUCAUUUCUCCGUGAAAGCGAAAGUGACUCCAUCGUAAAUGAAGCGCCUAAAGAAUCCCUCUCAGAGGGGAUUUUAAGCCAUUGCUUUAAACAGUAUAAAUUCAGAAAUGAAUAUCCCUAUUAUUCUCUUAAAUUGAAACCAAAUAGAUUUGGCAAGCCUAAAUCUAGACGGCGUAUUCAUAUUGCGCCACCUAUGGGCAGUGUGAUUCCUAGCAUUCAUAAGCCUCGGCCACCUGUCCCCCGUGAAGCGGAGAAAGUUCAGGAGUUAAGGCCACCUCCAGAGGCCCAGGACAGCAUCUCCACUGAGGAGAGGGACCUGCUAAAUAUGGAAGCUUGGAUUAAGGAGCGAAAACAACUGCGUAAUCUGUUGGAGAACUGUGUAAAUCUGGAGGAAUGGUUGACUGAAAAGAAGCCCCUCACUCAACAAGAAGAAAACAUCCUGAGAAAAAUAAAAGGAGAGAAGGACGCUAAAAUUCAAGCCGAGUUGCUGGCUCUCCAAAGUAUUAAGACCGCCCCCAAGAGUGAACCAGUGAAAACUACGCCUCUUAUUCGGGCUCCAUAUCCGCCAUCUAUUAUUACACUACAAAAUCUUCUUCAUAAGCAAAAACUCAAGCUUGUGGAUCUCUUCAAAAAAGCUGACAGGAGCAAGGCAAUGAAAUUCAAAAGAGUGGAUUUCCUUAGAAUUAUCCAGGAGGGUAAUGUGUUUGUUUGCCGCCCUGAGUUAUUUACGAGGGCCAUUCGGAAAUAA